AUGGCGUCGAGUCUCUCUUGUUCGGCAUCUGAUUUGAUCCCUUUACUAUCCGGUGGAGCCAACGCCACCGCAGCAGCCGCCGCUGCCGAAUACAUAUGCGGGAGAUUCGAUACAGUCGCCGGGAAAUUCACAGACGCGGCUUACGCGAUCGACAACACUUACCUCCUAUUCUCCGCGUACCUCGUAUUCUCGAUGCAGCUCGGGUUCGCCAUGCUCUGUGCUGGAUCUGUCCGCGCUAAAAACACGAUGAACAUUAUGCUCACAAACGUCAUCGACGCUGCAGCCGGUGGUCUCUUCUAUUACCUCUUCGGUUUCGCUUUCGCCUUUGGUGCGCCGUCUAACGGAUUCAUCGGAAAACAUUUCUUCGGGAUGAACGAUUUCCCAAAACCUUCUUUUGAUUAUCCUUAUUUUCUAUAUCAAUGGACGUUCGCCAUCGCUGCUGCUGGGAUCACGAGCGGAUCCAUCGCCGAGAGGACUCAGUUCGUUGCGUAUUUGAUCUAUUCGUCGUUCCUUACGGGUCUUGUUUACCCUAUUGUCUCGCAUUGGUUCUGGUCUUCCGAUGGUUGGGCUUCUCCGGCUAGAUCUCACGACCUUCUGUUUCAAUCAGGUGUGAUUGAUUUCGCUGGAUCUGGUGUUGUUCAUAUGGUUGGAGGUAUUGCUGGUUUGUGGGGAGCUUUAAUCGAAGGACCAAGGAUUGGCCGGUUUGGUCAAUCGUCUAAACCGGUUGCGUUGCGUGGUCAUAGCGCCACGUUGGUUGUUUUAGGAACGUUCCUGCUUUGGUUUGGAUGGUACGGGUUCAACCCUGGCUCGUUCGCUACUAUUUUUAAAUCUUAUGGAACAACUCCGGGGGACUCGUUUUACGGACAAUGGAGCGCUGUUGGUAGAACUGCCGUGACGACUACGUUAGCUGGUUGCACCGCGGCGUUAACGACUCUGUUUGGGAAAAGACUCAUAGAUGGGUAUUGGAACGUGACCGAUGUUUGUAACGGGUUGUUAGGCGGGUUUGCGGCGAUUACUAGCGGGUGUUCGGUUGUGGAACCGUGGGCUGCGCUUAUAUGCGGGUUCGUAGCCGCGUGGGUGCUAAUGGGGUUUAAUAAACUAGCUGAAAAGCUUGAGUUCGACGAUCCGUUGGAAGCGGCUCAGCUUCACGGUGGUUGUGGUGCGUGGGGGAUUAUUUUCACGGGAUUAUUCGCGGAUAAAAGAUACGUUGCUGAGAUCUUUGGAGGCGACCCGAACAGGCCUUACGGGUUGUUGAUGGGAGGAGGAGGUAGGUUGCUUGCGGCGCACGUUGUUCAGAUUUUGGUGAUUACGGGUUGGGUUAGUUUGACAAUGGGAACUCUGUUUUAUAUCCUGCAUAAACUGAAACUGUUGAGGAUACCGUCGGAGGAUGAGAUCGCUGGGGUGGAUCCGACGAGUCAUGGAGGGUUGGCUUAUAUGUACACAGAAGAUGAGAUCAAGAAUGGAAUCAUGGUUAAGAGGACGGGUGGUGAUAAUGAUGAUCAAGGACAAUUAGGUGUUUGAUUCUUUUGGUUUAGUAAAUGUUUAUUUGUUUAGCUUUGUGUUUUCUUACUUCUUUUUCUUCUUCUUGUUAUCUGUAUAUAUUCAUUCUACAUUUUUAAUGUUGCUCU